AUAUUAUUGCAAAGUCAUAAUAAAGAACGUUAUGUUUAUAAAAAAUUAAAUGUAUUUUUCUUACGUCAUUUAUACGAUCUGUUGCUAGUACGUUAUGUAAAGGGAAAAUUUUGGUUCAAAUGAAAAACUAUAAAACUAUGAUUGUUUUAAUCAAAUAAAUAAUUAAUAUGUAGUAAUUAUUUUCUACAUACUAUAUUAUAUUAACAGAUCUAAUAUAACAUGGAUGUAAGAAUUUUAAGGGCAAUAUUGCAUAGCUGUGAAGAUGCAGAGAAGAGUAUUGAAAACACGGAAGAAUAUAAAGAUUUUCUAAAUACGGAUGUAUUUGUACCAAGAUCUGAUGUUGUAUUACGUGCCUUGUCCAAAUCCUUCUCAAAUCUUCUGUGUUACAAAGUCUCCAAGGAAGCUUACCAACGUUAUUCUGUUCGUCUUCACGUUAUUGAUACAUUACGUGAAUUAUGCCGCAUAACUGAGAGAUUUCAAUCCCUGCAUAUAUUUAAAGAUGGAGAAACUACAUCAAAAUUUGUGGAGAAUUUAAUGGACAAAUAUUUAGUGGAUGUUUUAAACGAAUGUGAGUCCAGUCAGACACUGACAUCUUUAACAAGUGCAUUGAUGUGUCUUGCAAAAUAUAAUACUCGUUUUAUAUAUUAUAUCGAAAAGAUAAUCGUUAAACUUUCUGUCCUGGACUCUACUAAUGAAAGUGAAAAGUUAUUAUGUUAUGCCAUACAUGAGAAUGCACAUUUUAAAUUUAAUUUAUCCACAAUAGAAAGAAUAUAUUUUUCACAAAGAUAUAAACUAAUAGAAGAAGUAUUAUUAGAUAAUUUUAUGUCGACUUGUCUUAAUAUAAAUACACAACAAGCCGAUAAGGAUGGCAUAGAGAUCACACAUACGAUAAAUGAAUUACUUGAAUUCACAGUCAUAUCUCCGUCCAUAUUUCAAUUAAUAUGUGCCUUUUUAAAAGAAUUGUUUGUACAUUUAGAAUAUGCACCUAUGGUUUUAACAUUUAUACAAGCCACGUUGAAGCGUAUUCACGCUCAUUGUGAAAAUAACGAUAAAGAUAUAAUAGAUCUUUAUCCAAAAUAUUUGCACUCGUGCAUUAUUUUAUUAAGAAUAGAACCACAUUAUCAUACAUCUAAUUCCAAAGCUUAUGUAUUAAAAAGAAUAACAGAACUCUAUGAAGAAAAUAGCGAUGAUAUUUUGAUUUUACUCUUACACUUUCCUGAAUGGCUUGCAUUUGUUUCAGAUAAUCUAAUCAAUUUAAUUAUAUAAACAAUUGACAGCACUAAUAUAUAUAUAUAU